AAUAUCAACCAUGUCAAAGGAGCCACUCCCUUUUUGUCCUCUUUCCAUGUAUUGUCAGUAUACGGAGCAUAAACUGGUACAGAAGGAGAUCUCUGAAGCAGUGGAAUGAAUUUGGCCAUUUGGAAAAUUACACCAGAGGAAAAUCUAAACAAAGUUUCCAGACGAACAUUAAUCCUUUUACGGUUCUGGACGUGUUGUGGAUUUACACCUGAAAACCACCUGCAUGAAGGUGCCAUUUCAUCCACCAGCCAACACAUACCUUCACCUCCUGUGAGAGUUUGUUUGCUGGGUAAAAAAAGGCAGCAGUUUUUCCACAGCUAUGAGUGGGCUCAGGGAAAAAAGUUUUGGAAUCUUCUGCUGUCUUGUGUUGCUCGUUGCCAGCUUCACUUCCUUAUAUUUAAGAUAUGUAGCGAGCCUCGUUCCUGCGCACAGUCUGUUGGUGGCCAGUGAGGUGACCAGUGGGGAAAAUCUGAGCAUCAAUUUAGACGACACGCUCAACUUUGGGGCCAGACAGGAGGUUGAAACGCGCACAUCUUGGAAAGCUCCUAUCAUCUGGGAGAGGAUGUUUGACCCCAAACUUUACGACCAAAAGCACAUCCAAAAAAAGUCAUCUGUGGCCCUCACUGUGUUUGCUGUGGGAAGGUACCUGGAUGCCUACCUGAAGACUUUCCUUAUCUCUGCAGAACAACAUUUCAUGUUGGGAUUACAAGUGACAUAUUACGUGUUCACGGAUCAACCAGACAAGGUACCACACAUCGACCUUGGUCCUCAGCGAAGCCUGAAGGUUAUCCAGGUGGAAAAGCACUCCAGGUGGCAGGACAUCUCUAUGAUGCGCAUGAAAACGAUAUCAGAUACCAUAGAAUCAGAGAUUCGUCACCGCUGCAAUUACGUCUUCUGCUUAGAUGUGGAUCAGGAGUUUAAGGGAAGAUUUGGCUCAGAGGCUCUGGGGGAUUCUGUAGCUCAGAUGCAUGCAUGGUUUUACAAAGCUCAAAAGCAAAGCUUCACCUAUGACAGAAACCCCAAAUCCAAAGCCUUCAUAGAAAGCGGAGAUUACUACUACCAUGCUGCUGUCUUUGGAGGCCUGUGUGAACAUGUGAAGAGUUUGGCAGAUCACUGCUUUCUGGGUAUCAUGGAGGACAAACUAAAUGAUGUGGAGGCUCUGUGGCACGAUGAGAGUCAUCUAAACAAGUACUUUUGGCUUCACAAACCAACCAGGUUGCUCUCCCCCGAGUACUGCUGGGACCAGGUUAUUAGUGACAACAGAGACAUAAACGUCACCCGCCUCAUAUGGGCACCAAAACACUAUGACACACUUCGUACUAAGUAGGGCUGUCAUAAUUGGCAAAAAAAUAUGUUUGGUCACAUCAAAGUCUAUUGCCAUUAUUUGAAUUUGUCUGACGAUUUUGCCGUUCCCGAAUCUGUUUGUCUUGCCAGUUAAACACUUUCGUUGGUGUCUUUGUGUAAAUGACCUUACUUCUUCACCAGGCCUGGUACUCGGUAGAGUGGCUAGAAGAGCCACAAACUUUAACAGGAAAGUGCAAAAGUGUUUACUCCAAGUUUUUUUUUUUUUAAUGGUUGUCUUUGUCAAGAAUGUCUGAAGGAUUAUGUUGUCAAAAGAUAUGAUGUAUAUGAUAUCUUUUUAAAUAUUUGUAUUAAAAGCAAUUUUUGUAAAGCGCAAAUACAUAAUUUUUGAGAGAUUGAAGCAUAUGGUGCCUCACAUUUGGAAGAUGUGUUUUUAGCAAUACCUCCUAUCACCAGCUUGGCAGUUACUGGAGAGAGAAAAUCCAAAUUUGGUUGAAGAGGGUGGAACCAGAUGUGCAGUAAGUGGCAACAGCAGACUGAAACUGAUGGAUGGCUUGUGAAGCUAAAACAUCUUGAUGACCCCCUGGGGGCUGCCGUAAGUCCUGCCUGAACCCUCUAUCUGUCGCUGGAUAAUGGAUUUUUUUAGCAAUAGACAACAGCAGGUGCGGCUUGGCCAGCACAUGUCUGAUCCCCGGUACACCAACAUUGGAGCACCUCAAGGGUGCGUGCUGUCACCAUUUCUCUACUCACUGUACACCAAUGACUGCACUUCCAACAGCAGUUCCAUCAAGUUGAUUAAAUUUGCAGACGAUACCACCUGGGUCGGCCUUAUUAAGGACAAUGACAAGUCUGCUUAUAGGCAGGAAGUGUCUCAUUUGGUUGGAUGGUGUGACAAUAACAAUCUGGAGCUUAACCAACAAAAGACAGUGGAAAUGGUGAUAGACGUCCGCAGAUCCCCCUGCUCUCUCUCACCCUUAACCAUCGAGAGCUCUGUUGUGAAGGAGGUGGAGUCAUUUAAAUUUUUAGGCACUAUUAUCACAAACAACCUGAAAUGUGUUACUGAUUGCCAUGUCAAAUUCCUGUGUGUCUGCUGAUGCAUUUGGCGAAUAGAGUGAUUCUGAUUCUGAUGAUUCUGAUCAUGCUGAUGUAUGUCCAAGUGUUCAUUUUUUCUCAUAAAUUUGGUUAGUUUGAUUAAUUUGAUGCUAUAAAAGCAGGGUGAAACGUCAUGAUUGACAGCUGUGAUUUACUCGCGAUGGUUCGGGCAGAUGCCUGAUCUACUGUGCAGACUCUGGCUCCAAAAUUAUAAGAUGGCAGUGCCCUUAUCCGGGAUGCAAAUUUGCAUUUUCUAGGAUGGCGAAGGAAUGUCUCGCCCUACUGUGCCUCUGUUUGGCUAGUACUUGUUGCCUUUGUUGGUUGGUUUGGUUUGGUUCAGGCAUGGGGAGUGAGAUUGGUUAGGGUUAGGGAAAGAAUACCAGCGUAAGCUAA